AUGGUUGUGUUCUCGCCAGCGACGUACUGCAUGUGUGUGGCUCCUUCGACUCACCCGCUCACGGUUCGUGACCUUUUUUUUGUCCUCACGCAGAUGAAUGUGGAGAAGCUCAAGAAGAUGGCGGGUGCUGUGCGCACAGGAGGAAAGGGCAGCAUGCGCAGGAAGAAGAAGGCAGUUCACAAGACCACAACCACCGAUGACAAGCGGCUUCAGAGCACGUUGAAAAGAAUCGGAGUGAACACUAUUCCUGGUAUUGAGGAGGUCAACAUCUUCAAGGAUGACGUUGUUAUCCAAUUUCAGAACCCUAAAGUGCAAGCAUCCAUUCCUGCAAAUACAUGGGUAGUCAGUGGAGUACCCCAGACAAAGAGUCUGCAAGACCUUCUGCCAUCAAUUAUCAACCAACUGGGCCCUGAUAACCUGGACAACCUUAAGAGGCUUGCUGAGCAUUUCCAGAAGCAGGUACCUGGUGCUGAAGCUAGCGCCGGUGCAGCUGCACAGGAUGAUGACGAUGUCCCUGAGCUUGUCCCAGGAGAGACAUUUGAGGAGGCUGCAGAAGAGAAGGUGCCUGAACCAGAACCGGAAGAGAAGAAAGAAUCGUAA